UUCACACACCACCGUUAUCCCGUAAGUUACAUGCCUGCAUCAGUUGCUUGACCUCCCACCCACUGCAUGUUGAUCAACUUCUUCCUUCUUCACUCAGAGAUGCCCCCAUCAUUCCAUUGACACCACUUGUUUGAGUAGCGCGGAGGUUAGCCGCCGACAGCCUCGAUCCGGAUUCGGCCUCGUUCCCUCACGUCGCUCACCCCCCUCUUUGUACGCCCAUCCUCCGAGCUUCUCUUAUCAUCGAAAACGACUCCUUGACUGUCAUUGCAUUACCCUGACCUGCAUCAGUGUUGGUCAUGGCCUCCUCGUCUUCCAACGUGGUUGGCGUCCACUACCGAGUGGGAAAGAAAAUAGGAGAGGGCUCAUUUGGCGUCAUCUUCGAGGGUACAAAUCUACUCAACAACCAGCAAGUCGCCAUCAAAUUUGAACCACGGAAAAGUGAUGCACCACAACUACGCGAUGAGUACAGGACAUACAAGAUUCUGGUCGGUUGUCCUGGAAUCCCCAACGUCUAUUACUUUGGACAGGAAGGCCUCCACAACAUUCUGGUCAUCGAUCUGCUAGGGCCCAGUUUGGAGGAUCUCUUUGAUCAUUGUAACCGCCGAUUCACCAUCAAAACCGUUGUCAUGGUUGCCAAACAGAUGCUAUCUAGAGUGCAAACCAUCCACGAAAAGAACCUCAUUUAUCGUGAUAUCAAGCCCGAUAACUUCCUGAUCGGACGUCCAAACACAAAAGCAGCCAACGUUAUCCACGUGGUUGACUUUGGUAUGGCCAAGCAAUACAGAGACCCAAAAACCAAACAACACAUUCCCUACCGAGAACGAAAGUCCUUGUCCGGCACUGCACGAUACAUGAGCAUCAACACACAUCUUGGAAGAGAACAAUCGAGACGAGACGAUCUGGAAGCACUGGGUCAUGUUUUCAUGUACUUCUUGCGAGGCGGACUACCUUGGCAGGGCCUGAAGGCAGCUACCAACAAGCAGAAGUACGAAAAGAUUGGAGAGAAGAAGCAGACCACGGCGAUUAAGGAUCUCUGUGAAGGUUACCCUGAGGAGUUUAACAAGUAUCUCAGCUACGUUCGAAACCUAGGCUUCGAAGACACUCCGGAUUACGAUUUUCUUCGAGACUUGUUUACACAGGCGCUGAAGAACACGGGCGAAGUCGAAGAUGGGGAAUAUGACUGGAUGAAACUCAACGGAGGACGAGGAUGGGAAGCAGUCAAGUCACAUCCUUCAGCACACCAUUUGCACAACGUCAAUCCUCCGGCAGACGCGUCGGCACGAGCACUCCAUGGAAAUUCAGCUAUUCGAGGACAAGAAGGACGGCCAUCGCGAGAUCGAGGAGCAAUAUCGGCGGAUCGUUUAAACGCCGCGCAGCCCCCGCCCCCAGGGUCACCCGCAAAGCCGGGAGUGGCAGCUCUGGGGAAAAGCGCUCGAGAUCGGACAAGCGGCGCCGCCGGGGGCAACGUACCGAAACGCGGUAGCGGACUGGCUGGACAACUCGACGUCAACACGCCGCCCGCCAGUACUCAAGCACAAUUCCAGAACAGCAAUGCCAACCUGGCGGGUCAGCAAGCCAGGGCCAGCCCGGCCAGUGGAGCGUUACAGAACUCUCAAGGACGACAACCUCCACAGCAAGAACAGCAACCAGGGUUCUUCCAGAAGAUGAUGAAGGCACUUUGUUGUGGUAGGUAGUCACAGGGUGCAACUAUGACCCUGAGCGUACUGACUGUCUGUUUCAGGAUGAGGACCACCAAAGCAGUGAACUGCGGGCCAUGUCCGAGACGAAUUUCGAGUUAUUUGUGGAGAUGCAUGAACCAGUGGUGGUCAAGUUCUGAUCAUUUAUUGAUUGUCUCGGACGGGACGGUGCGUCCGACCACGAGGCAAACUCGGAUUCACACGGACAUGGAUUACGGACAUGGAUUUCGAAUGGCAUGCGAUUUCGUUUUGUGCGGGGUUUCCCGGAUGGGACGAAGAAGUCGAGUGGCCUUUUUGACUGGCAUCGUGACGAGUAUGAGAUGACAACAGUCAGGGUGACUUGGGGUGCAGAAAUGCCAUGCUAUGGAGCUUCGGGCUCGACGGGCCUUGGUCAUCAUCAUAUCUCCAUUGUGCGAAUGGACAGCGGGAGUUGUUUUUCCGGGGGUGGGCAUUUUCGGUUGGUGAGCACGGCGCUAUGGGAAAAGGGACACACACGAACCACGGAGUAGCACAAACAGUCAGAGCUCGAGUGCACAUGUCGAGGGGUAGAAAGACAAAAUGAGUGGCAGAAGGAAAAGGGUCAUAGGCGAAGAGUGGAACGUCUCGGGACGUUCCACAAGACAGCAAACCAAAACUAGCCAGGCACGCAGGACAGGUCGAGGCUACUGAAACAACAUUCGUGGCUUUGUAGCAUGAGGACAAAGAUGACGACAAGGGUGGUUAGACCCGGUUAGAUUGUGAUGGGGAAAGGCUAGAAAGAGCUGAGAGAGGUUUAGAGGCAGUGGUAAUAAUGAAGAUACUAUGCAUUGAUUCGA